GCAGCUCAAAAGUCCGCAACACAGCCGCACUUCCUCUCUGCUCCACCCGACCAAGCCGCUGCGAUGCUCCUGCUCCCCUUCUCCUCUCCCCUGCAACUCCCCCCUCAAGGCUCCAGCAACCAGGUCCGAUUUGAAGCUCACCGGUGUGGCGCUGCAGGCCCUUGGAGGUGUUGGCAGGAAGGGGUUGUCGUCCACGGGGAGCUGGAGAAGAUGAAGCGCGGCACGGGGAAGCUGGCUAGCCAAACUUGGUGAAGACGGAGCGCCGAGCUCGAGGAAGGAGAGGCACCUACCGUCUACCGUGAUUUUGUAUCAGGUAGAAAUUGCUCAGAGAACAAGAUUCUCUGUGCACUGUGGUUCUCUCCAACAGUUCAGAGACACGGAGCUAUGAUUGAGUGGUGUUCCAUUAUAUAUCGGAAUCCUGAAGAUUUGUCAUAUCUAGGACAUCAAAGGUUCUUCUUUAUCAUACGUACAAAAUGAUGAACAUGCAAUAUUUUAACAAGUCGAUGGCUCUUCUAUUACUGCUUGGCUUCUGCUUUCCACUGACCAUCCUUGCCCAGCUCCCUUAUGCUGCUCAAUCGAAUGUUUGGAAUAUUUCGAAUAUUCUAAGUAGUAAUAUAUCCAUGGACGACAAAGGAAACACUCAUCUUAUGCUCCCCAUUCUUAACGAUAGCAGAAUCUCAUAUACAAGUUAUUUUGGCUUCUAUACCACAGAUGGUCAUUCGUUCAUUCUCGCUGUAGUGUUUUUGGGACCCCAAUCUCCAGUCAUCUGGUCUGCUAACCCUGACAAUCCUGUAAGCCAUGAUGCCAUCUUGAACUUCACAGGAGAAGGGGAUUUGCUCCUCCACAAUGGUGAUGGCACCACGAUCUGGUCCACAGCUACAUCGAACAAGUCAGUUGCAAACAUGAGCCUUGCUUCAGGAAACCUUGUGCUUUUUGAUGAGAAUAAUUCCGCAGUCUGGCAGUCGUUUGACCACCCAACAGAUACUUUGGUCAUGGGCCAAUCACUAUGUAGGGGAAUGAACCUCAGUGCCAAACCCACAAACACAAAAUGGCCAUCUUCCAAGGUUUAUCUAUCGGCAGAGUGGAAUGGGCUGCAGUACUCCUUCGAACCAGCAGCAUACACACAGUUGUUCCAAACUGAAAGUGGGUUACAACUACGUUUGACACAAACUACUCCAAUAUCAACUUCUACACCAUCAACUUGUUAUGCAUUUGUUAAUGGCAGCCUUGGAUUCCCAGAGAAGAUCUUCACACUACCAUCAGCAAGUUCAUUGCAAUUCAUGAGGUUAGAAUCUGACGGGCAUUUGAGGCUAUACGAGCUGAAGGAGCCAAGCAAAGCACGGAUGUUGUUUGAUGUAUUGAGCAUGGUCAUGGACUUCUGUGAUUACCCAUUGGCCUGUGGUGAUUAUGGUGUUUGUAAUAAUGGACAAUGUUCUUGUCCUAGUUUCAGCCAUUUUAGGUUCCAAAAUGAUCGGCUUCCAGGUUCUGGGUGCAUACCCGUAUCAAACAUUUCCUGCAACCAUGCACAUGAGCACCAGCUGAUACCACUCAAUGAUGUUUCUUACUUCAGUUACAGUCUGUUCUUGUCAAAAGCCAUUUCAGGUUCUUCACAAACUGUCUGCAUGCAAUCAUGUUUAUUGGAUUGCUCUUGCAAGGUAGUGCUUUUUCAGAAUUAUGGUCCUGGUGGUGAUGGUGGUUACUGCUUGCUGUUAUCGGAGCAAAAGCUAAUUUUAUUUGCAGAAGAUUCAACAGAUCGCUUUUCAGCGUUUGUCAAGAUACAAGGUAAUCGCUCAGAUAAAAGGAGGAUGAUUAUUAUUGUUACCUCCACAGUCACAAGCUUGUCUCUAACAUGGAUAUUGGUUUCUGCUGUUAUAUGGAAAAAGUUCAAGAAAGACCAGGACCAACUCUUAGAUAGCAUACCUGGGACACCAAAGCGUUUCUCCUUUAAUGAGUUGAAGGUUGCUACUAGCCAGUUCUCAGUGAAGCUUGGCUGUGGUGGAUUUGGAUCUGUCUUCCAAGGCAGGAUAGGCAACGAAACUAUUGCUGUUAAACGUUUGGAGGGUGUCGAGCAAGGAAUGGAAGAGUUCUUAGCAGAGGUCAAGACUAUUGGCACAAUCCAUCACCUUAACCUUGUCAGGUUGGUAGGAUUUUGUGCAGAGAGAUCACAUAAGCUCCUUGUCUAUGAAUACAUGUCCAAUGGCUCAUUGGAUAAAUGGAUUUUUGACACAAGUCCAGUAUUCAGUCUUUCUUGGAAAACAAGACGUAACAUCAUCAUGGCUAUUGCUAGGGGAUUGUCGUACCUCCAUGAAGAAUGCAAGGAAAAGAUUGCACAUUUAGACAUCAAGCCCCAAAAUAUUCUCGUGGACGAAAAUUUUAAUGCAAAGCUCUCAGAUUUCGGACUUUCAAAAAUGAUAAAUAGGGACCAGAGCAAAGUGAUGACUCGAAUGCGAGGAACGCGUGGAUAUCUAGCACCUGAGUGGCUGGGCUCAAAAAUCACCGAGAAGGCAGACAUCUACAGCUUUGGGAUCGUGAUGAUCGAAAUGAUCUGUGGUCGACGGAACUUGGAUGAAUCUCAGCCCGAGCAGGGCAUCCACUUGAUAACCCUGCUUCAAGAAAAGGCUAGGUCUGGUCAGCUGUCUGAUUUGGUGGACAGUAGCAGUAAUGACAUGAAAUUCCAUGUGGAGGAAGUUAUGGAAACGAUGAAGCUUGCCAUGUGGUGCUUGCAGGUUGAUAGCAGCAGAAGGCCCUUGAUGUCAACAGUCGCCAAGGUGUUGGAAGGCGAGAUGAAUAUGGACGCCACACCUGAUUGCAUUUUUGUGGCUAGUUUUGGAUCAAGCAAUCCCGAUGUAGCGGGAUCAACUUCUUCCUAUGUGCCUUCUGAGUCACAUUUAUCAGCGCCUAGGUGAUACAACUAUUGUUUACCUCUGCUUGUUAGCUGCUCGUUUUCGUUUAAUGCAUGUCUUAAUAUCUGUUCUCUUCCAUAUGAAUGCGGCACAUACCCACAACAGCAGGCGAUCAUUUUCUUGCUUUAUAAAGGGAAAUAGCAAUUUAAACUCUGUAAUGUGUA